AUGGCUGAAAACCUACAUCUCGAGUCCCCAUACCAGGUCCCAAGUUCCCUAGAUCAAGAGGUCUACCCAUUGAGAUGGAGAGCAGCUCCUAAUGAAGACCCACCAGACAUCAGUGGACUUCCUUCGCAUGAUGACGCUCUUUAUCUUUUUAACACCGUGAAACACCACCUUGACCAACAUUAUCGCUUUUUCGACGAAGAAGCAUUCACAGCUCACCUGCAUGAGUUCUACGGUAAUAAUUCACUUCGUAAAGCCACAGAGGAUCGCCUUUGGUUUGUUCACUUUUUGCUGGUUCUUGCCUUUGGUAAUGCGUUUCUUUUGCGAUCGCGGAAUAGUAGAGACCCCCCGGGCUCCAAAUAUUUUGUGCGUGCUAUGUCUCUCAUGCCUGAUUAUACAGAUCUUUGGACCAAGGGUCUCAUGGCUGUGGAGGUGAUGGCGUUGGCUGGGCUUUAUCUCUACUCAAUUGACCACAGAGAACUGGCAAACGUCUAUGUAAGUGCCUCUGUUGAUAUAUGA